AUGGGUGCGAGUUUGAUCUCUGGCUAACUCCGCUCCCAUGGAAUCCUCAUCACUUGUCAUCUUGGCCACCAAAUAGGCAACGAGAUGAGCGUGUGUAUAUGUGUGUGUGGUGUGUGUGUAUGUAUGUGCAUGCUCAUGUCUUCAGAUGUGCCUAAGAUUGGCCCCAAAGUCAGAAAUAUCCUCACCAACCGACGCGACAACUACACACGGCACGGUAACUUAUUCGGAGGAUUCCGAGGGUAGACCGUGGAUGGAGCGAUCGAUCUACGUACGUACAAGCUUCAUGCAUAGCAUAGAGUAUAUACUCGCACAUCCAACUCGUCCAUGCUACACACGGCGAGUCGCCAACAAGAAAUGUGGUGAUGAGGGGGAUGUGGUGGAGGAGGAGGAGGAUCAGGAGAACAAGGGAGGACGACGACGACGACGUGAAGGAGGCAUGAGAUUUGGGAUGGAUUCAGUAGUUGUUGAAUCUUUCACAAGGGUAGAGAGGAAGACGCAUUCACACAUGAGAAUUCGAAAAAAGAGUUCAAGGAGUGAAGCACAAGAGGGGUGGGUGAGGUGAAGAUCAAGAAGACUUUAGUGAAGACAAAUUUGGCACUCUUAUCUGUUUGGACUAACACACCCUAACAACGAAAGCUCUCAAACACAAACUCAACCCCAGAUUCCGUCGCGGAAAGUUGUGGUCGGUUCAAAAUUCGUUUUCAAGAAGAAAGAUAUCUUCCCAUCAAUGGUAGUGCUCAACCUUACUUCCAAGCAAUGGAGAAGGAGUGGAGGCAUGCUUGCCACUCAAUUCUGAUCGAGUUGAUCAGACGCUAAUGAGUUUUCAAAGUCAAGGUUGAGCUCGUAAAACUGUAACAAUUUCCUUGAGCGUCAGAUCAAUCGCGUGUGAUAGAUAGAUAGAUAGAUACCCGAGUGCCACUUGUUGGGACGAGUCAAACAGUCCAAUGCCUAUUCUCUUUUCGACUGCUCUACUUUCUGUCCGUGGUGUUUACCCAAGUCAAAUAAGUGUGCAAGAUCCCUCAAUAGAACAUCUUUUCUCAGCCCCUGAAUCUCAGAUGGCAGUGAACAUUGCCAAAGCACACAUCUUAUUCAAUGUACCAUUGAUGUGCGUGUACAACACACCAUCCAGUUCGUUUUGUGCAAGAGGCUCACAAAGCCCGAAGACCACGGGUUGCAACAUGAGAGUAAGUCACGUCCGAUUAUUGGGAUAAGACGAACGAGGAAGCAAACCCCCAUUCGUAGGGAAACGGAGAAAAUUGGCGGUGCAAAAAAAGUCGUGAAUAAACUCUACCAGGGAGAGAAAUAUUAACCCUUGAGCCGACACUUUUCUUCAAGCUCGUUCAGUGUCAGCACCCUCGACGGACCACUGAAUUGUCAGAAUGCAUUUUUAUUGACCAAGCGAUCAGCCUUGUGAUUGAAACAUUGAAACAUCCACACAAUUACCCCGACUCAGAUCUUGAUACAAUAGAAGGAUCAAAUCAAUAAAGAUGGACCUGUCAUCACUGCCCUAUCACCGACAGUCUUCUUUGAAUUCCACUCAUCAGCGGAUUCUCUCGACGUCCAAUAAUCAUCAUUCUCCCAAGUCGUCCUCUGGAGGUGGCGGGGGCCAAUUCUCAGGCUUUUAUGGCAAUCCUCCCACUAAUAUGAUCAAACGAACUCGCAAUGAUGAAGAGUUCUACGGGGGAUUUCGACGAUCAUCUAGUCUGCGACGAAGUCAUCGAGAGAACAUCUGUCCUCACCACGGAAAUCAAGCCAUGGUCCAUUCGGCCUCGUCCUCGGCCGUCUCGAGUUUAGCCUCGGCCGGAACAUUAGCCUACAAAGCCCCAAUUCCCGGAAAGGCCGAACGCACCCCAAAUCCGCCCAGCAAAACCCCUGUCCCACCCUCGAGUAGUUCCACGAGUUCUUCGAGUGUUCCCAGCUACCAACAAGGAACAGUUUCGAGUGUGCGACGAAGUCGGGAUCGAACCAACGUUUCUCCAAGCAACAAUCAAGUGCGUCGCAGUCAUAGCACCGUGUCUCGGAAUGCCAGUUUCCGCAGUCGCUCGUCGGCUCAGAAGCUGUCAAUGUCCAAGCUCCCGUCCACCGCCUCCUUGAGCGACUUUGACAAGACGCCCCAUGUGCGGUAUGAGAACGAGGUCACGCCCGUGUCUAGCCCCAGAUCCAAUUAUUAUCAUCUGUCCGCGCCAUCUACCCGCAAAUACAACUCUCAAACGUCAACGGCCUCGAGUCAACAACACGAACCCCGCUGCGCAUUCUCGUCGGCCACAUUGGGUCGCCUUCAAAGGAACUCCAGUCAUAACGUGCUGUCCUCAUCUAACACUAACAUGAAUAAUAACGCUUAUAAUAAUAACUACAUCCAGAAGAACAAUAACUUGAACAAUAACAACUUCAAGUCCUCGGACGGAGGCCACAACAAGGAGAGCUUCCUCCGCACCUUCAGCUUCCGCGGUAAACCCACGGAUUUGGAUCUAUUCUCGUCUCUUCCCUGCUUGAACGACGACGAUGAUAAUGACAACAACGACGAGGACGAGGAUGAGGACGAGGACGAGGAUGAACCUCUGAGCCAUUGUCACCCAGACUCCCCGCAUCGUCACAAUCCCCAUCAUCAUCCUCAUCAUCGACGACGAGCCUUCAACAAGAGCUCCAAACGCAAUAAUAGCGGUGGGAGUGCCAGUCAAAGUAGCACCAGUGCCAGUAGUACGACCAGUAACGGGAGCAAUGCAUCCACAAUUGGCAACUCCUCAUUGCUAGGCCACAGUCGAUCCAUCCGGUCGAUCAACCAUCUCUCUCAGACUCCCAAUAGCUCAUCCCUAGUACUCAAUAGUCUGGCUUAUCAGAUUCUGUCCACCAAUAAAUCUAAGGAGUCCCAUCCUGAGCUAAGCACGCCCACGAGUGUACGACCUGUUGGCUCGUCCAAGAAUUUCUUGAACAAUCCCCUGUCGACAAGUGGAACAACUUUGAGUCAUGGGGUGGGAAGCUUGCCAUCCAUGUCCAUAUCGAGCUCUCUGCAUUCAAAUAAUGUCGUCUCGGCUGUCUCCAGUCCCACGUUCUUGCGAAAAAGACCCGUGGCGGAUGAUGUGGACGGACAUUUGGCUUAUCUGAUCGGGGAUGUGAUUGGCGAGCGAUAUGAGAUCGUCUCGAAUUUGGGCGAAGGUACAUUCGGAAAAGUGGCCAAAGUGAAGGAUUUGGAGACCCAAAACUACUUUGCCCUCAAGAUCAUCAAGAACAUCCACAAGUAUCGUGAGGCUGCCAAACUGGAAAUCAACGUCUUGAAGAAGCUCAACUCGAAGGAGCACGACAACAAGUUCUUGUGUGUACGCAUGUUUGAUUCAUUCAACUACUACGGACACAUGUGUUUGACCUUUGAGGUGUUGGGCGAGUCGGUGUUCGACUUCCUCAAGAGCAAUUGCUACGCCCCGUAUCCCAUGGAACAGGUCCGGCACAUCUCGCAGCAGUUGUGCCAAGCUGUGGCGUUUAUGCACGACCAUAAAGUGACCCACACGGACUUGAAGCCGGAGAAUGUGCUAUUCGUGACCAAUGAUUGGUACACGGAGAACGUGACCAACGUGAAGAAGCCUGUGCGACGGAUGCGCGACACCCGCGUCAAACUCAUCGACUUUGGAUCGGCCACGUUCGAAUGGGAGCACCACAGUUCCGUGGUGUCCACGCGUCAUUAUCGGGCCCCGGAGGUGAUAUUGGAGCUCGGAUGGUCGCACCCUUGUGAUGUCUGGAGCAUCGGUUGCAUCAUCUUCGAGCUUCACCAAGGCCACACGCUCUUUCAAACUCACGACAACAAGGAGCACCUGGCCAUGAUGGAGAAGAUCCUGGACCGCCCCGUGCCUCAACACAUGGUCAAACGAACCAAAACGAAAUACUUCAACUCGCAUCUCAAACUCCAAUGGGACGCCAAAUCCAGCGUGGCCGACUACACCAACCAACAUUGAAAGCCCCUCCACCAAUACCAGCGUUACCCCGUGGGCUCGAGUAUCGGUCAAGAAGAGGUCGGGCUGUACGACCUGGUGAUCCGCAUGCUCGAAUAUGAUCCCACGUUUCGCAUGACUCUGAAAGAGGCCUUGCGACACCCGUUCUUCGACAAGGUGUCGAAGCUCAAUCGCGGCCUUACCCGUUCCUUGAGCUAUCAGCAACCGCCCACGGGAUCCCUGGCCAACAACUUGUCUCGACACAUUCUGAGACUCCAAAUUUGAGGCCACCCGGAUCACUUUCAUUUGUAGAUUUUUGUGCGAACCCUGAUUAUUAACCUCCCCCUCCCCGACUCCUCCUUUCCCCCUCCCACAAUCUCUGUGAUGCAUGUCUAGGGCAUUUAAUCAAUGAUAACCAAUCAAGUCAAACUUUAGAGGGAAGUCUAGUGAAAAUACAAAUAAGACACAUGUACACUUA